AUGGUCAUGCCUCGUGCUACAGCUUCUUUUGCAGUGUUAACCUCGUUGUCUUUUCAACGCUUAUUUUUUUUAUUCUCUUUUGUGUCGUCUGUUUACAAGGCUCGCGUCGCUUUACUUGCUCAACCUCCCACUUCUUUAUUUUACUCUCCUCCCACUUUCCUCUUCUCCUUCGUAUCUUCAUUUGUUUCCUCACACUUUUCUUCUUCCAUUAUUCUACCUCCGUCCCCUCUUUUCCUCUUCAUUUACCAACUUCUCAUACCACUCUCCUUCUCCCACUUUUCCUCUUCCAUUCCCCAAACUCCCACCUCCUUAUUCUACUCAUCUCUCACUCUCUUCUUCCAUUCCUUAACCUCCCCUUUCCUUAUUCUACUCUCCUCACACAUUUCCUCUCUUCCAUGUCUGCGUUUUUUUUCCUCCCACUGUUCCUGUGUCAUUUUUCAAACUCCCACUCCCGUAUUUCACACUUCUCUCACUACUACUAUUCAUUUUCUAACCUCUCAUUCUACUCUCCUCUCACUUUUCCCUUUCCAUUCCUCGAACUCCCACUUCCUUAUUCUAUUCUUCUGCUACUUUUCCUCAUAUCCUUAUAUUACUCUUUUCUCCUUCUAUUUUUCAUCCUUCUACUUCUUUAUUUUACUCUCCCCUUUAUUUUCUUCCUUUUUACCUUUCCCUGAUGACUCACCUUUCAUUCCUUUUUCCUUCUCUUUCGUAUUUUCCUUCUUUUCCUCACACUUUUCCUCUUCUGUUCCUCCUACUUCUUCGAAUUGUCCGCCAUGUUUAUUAAACACACUCUUAACCGGUGCCUCCAUUAAUACAUCGACCUUCAAUCUAUCUAUCUAUCUAUCUAUCUAUCUAUCUAUCUAUCUCAGUGUGUUCAUAUAUAUGUCGGGAUGUUCACAUCUAUCUAUCUAUCUAUCUAUCUAUCUAUCUAUCUAUCUAUCUAUCUAUCUCAGUGUGUUCAUAUAUAUGUCAGGGUGUUCACAUCUAUCUAUCUAUCUACAUCAAUUUCUCCAUUUUAUAUCUAUCUAUCUAUCUAUCUAUCUAUCUAUCUAUCUAUCUAUCUAUCUAUCUAUCUAUCUACCUCUAUCUACCUAA